UCGUCAUCAUUGCAGCGGUAACGCCUGGUAGUAACGCUUUGCCCAAGCAGCGUUACUCACGCGAUGGCGGCGAACCGCGCAGUCUGGUUGGUGUCUCGACUAACAUCAUCACGAGCAGUCUGUUGAAGGGAGCGGCCGAAACAUCCGGUAACCAUGUGUUUUCGCCGAUCGGUUUCUCCUCCAUAUUGGCGAUGAUCAGCGAGGGAGCCGAGGGGCAAACACUAAAGGAGCUGUAUGAUGUCUUCAAGUUCCCUACGGAUCGUGAUCUAGUCCGUAAAGCGUUUGAUGUGUCGCUAAAGCGGUUGAGUGGUCAAAGCCCAACGGACGAGCCACAAUUCAAAACCUGGUUCUAUAUCUACAAGAACAACACCGUAGUGCAGGCGUACAAAGAUGUCCUGGAGCAAAACUAUGGUGUAGAGGUGCGUGACAUCGAACGGAACGAUUACAAUUUCGAUGAACCGAAAACAUCGCUCGAUCCGGUCGUGGUCGAGGAGGAGAUCACCGAGGAGAGUAACAAUCCCGACGGUGAUAACCUGGUUGUGGAGCAGAGUGGCAAUAAUAGCAAUAGCAAGGAUAUUGUUGAUUUCGAAGUGCUCAAGAUUAAGUCGGCACUGCCGGUGGAAGAUGAACUUCGAACCGACACUGGCAUCAGCACGAAGUACGACGAAAUCGAUGAUGAGAAUCCAAAGUUUGACAAGAAUAUCGACGAUAAAGAGUACGUUGAUCCGACCAAAAUCAAGGAAGAGCUGGCCAAGAAGAAGAUGGAAGCUAUGAAUGAAGUUGUGGCUGCUGGUGAACCAGAUGAGGCGAAGAUCAAAAAGACUUCCGAUACGGUCAACAAUCGCAAUGAAGACCAGCCGGAAAAAAUGACUUUACCGUUGAAGGAGUUGAGCUUGGACGAUGAUCACGAGGUAAUGCAGGCGGUAGAGAGCCAAGGCUCUAGGAGAAAGUUCAACGUAAGACGAUCAUUCCUAACGGGAGACAUAGCGUCGGCUUUGAGUGGAAAUUCGUUGGUAGGACGAAAGGCUAACCUGAAGGAAGAUGAAGAGCAGGUUAACGAAUCUAAAAUGCUACUGUUUAACGGUUUGUACUAUAGGGGCAGCUGGGCUACUCCAUUCCAGCAACUCCGCACGGAAGAAAGUACCUUCUUUACCAACACGGAUGAACGACCAGUCAUGAUGAUGCGAUCGCAGGGAACCUUUGGCGUUGGAAAGGACGAACAGCUGGACGCUAAGUUCUUGGAGUUGCCGUACAAUAACUCCCGCUAUUCACUGUUGCUGAUGGUACCAAAUAGCAAAGAAGGAUUGAAAGAUCUCAUCAAGAACUUCAACCCUGAUACGCUCAGCACCGUGCAAAAGUCUUUGGUGAAAAUGCCGGUACAUAUUUGUAUUCCGAAAUUCCGCAUCGAUACGACUAGCCGUGCAGAAAAACCACUAGCAAAGCUCGGUCUCAUCACCAUGUUUACCUCGAAGGCGGACCUAAGCGGCAUUACCACCGAACAGAAGAUCCACGUUGACGAGCUUGUACAACAUGUAUCGAUCCGCGUCGAUGAAGGUUCGAGCAGCGAGAACGCACUGUCCGCCACGAAUCUUGUCGAGUCGAAAACGCUCGAAGACGACCAGGAACACUUUACCGCCGACAAACCGUUCCUGUUCUUCGUGCGCGACGUCAUCGACGAUAUCGUGAUCGUUGCUGGCAAGAUCACGGACAUACCGUACAUUGAGUAGAUGGAACAUUCUCCCCCGCC